GCUCCUGAACGCGUCUCCCAGGCAGCACAGGUCGGUCCGACCUGUCGUGUCCUUCACUCUGAACCAUGAGAGUCUUGAUAGGAGGAGGAUCGGGCUUCGUGGGCCGGGAGCUGUGCCGUCUGCUCAGAGACAAAGGUCACGAGGUCACACUGAUAUCUCGCCAGCCGGGUCCAGGGAAAAUAACUUGGGGUGAGCUGAAGUCUCAUGGCCUCCCACCAUGUGAGGGCGCCGUCAACUUGGCUGGAGAGAAUCUCAUGAACCCACUGAGAUGGUGGAAUGAAAGCUAUAAAAAAGAUUUAUUCUCCAGUCGCAUCGAUACGACCAAAGCUCUGGCUGAAGCCAUCGCUGCUUCGCCCACGCCCCCCCACUCCUGGGUGCUGGUGUCCGGUGUGGCUUGUUACAAACCCAGUCUGACAGACCAGUAUACAGAAGACAGCGACUGGACGCCGUUUGACUUCCUCUCCAAACUCGUCAAAGAGUGGGAGGCGGCUGCGCUGCUUCCUGAGCCGGUGGCAAAGAGCACCAGACAAGUCGUCAUCAGACCUGGGGCCGUGCUGGGUCGCGAUGGCGGCGCCAUGAAGCAGAUGCUGCUGCCCUUCUGGCUCGGCCUCGGGGGAACCCUGGGGUCGGGGGGGCAGCCGUUCCCUUGGAUCCACGUCUCCGACCUGGCUGGAAUCAUCGCCCACUCCCUGGAGCCCCUCGCCGACUCCCCCCCGCCUGCCACACAGGUGUUAAACGGAGUCGCACCUGCGUUGAACACCAACUACGAGUUCACCAAAGAGCUGGGCCGGCUGCUGAGGCGACCGACCGUCUUCCCCGUGCCGGGCUUCGUCAUUAACGGCCUGAUGGGCUCGGAGCGAGCCAUCGUCCUCACGCAGGGACAGAAGGUCGUCCCUCAGAGGACGCUCGAGGCCGGGUUCCAGUACCAGUACCCAGACCUGACCUCAGCCCUGAAGGAGAUCGUUGGGAGUUAAGGGAUUCUGGAAGAAUGUGCAGCGGCUUAAAUUAUGUCUGUAAAGAUGCCUUCAAGGUUAAUGAAUCGUACACGGAGAGAAGAUAAAGAAAAUGGGUUGAAUGUGUUGGACACGUUUCUGUAAAAUCGUUUUCUUCACAUCUAAAGUAACAAACAGCUUCCAAGAUGUGUUUGAAUCGAGUUUUACAACUUGCAGAUUUGCCCUCUGAGAUUUUGUAAUAAAAAACAUAUACACACGAGA